AUGGACCAGAACCGCCCUCCAAAUCAUCAACAGCGCCCUCAAGACGCCCAAGAUCUCUUACUGAGAGAAACGGCGGGGUGUUUGAUCCGACGGCUGGAGGGACUACGACGACGGGCAGACGCGGGGGGAGGCCGGGACCUGCAAAGCCCUGAAGAUGAUGAGGACGACGAGGGGCAACUCGACAGGAUGGAGAGCGGGAUCGAGCGACUCCAGACGGAGCUCUUGCCGGAGCUAGCGCGGGCCCUCGGCCUUCUCCCCCGCCAGCUGCUUCUGCCCAAGACGACCCUCCACACGAGAUCCCGGGUCUUUCGGCCAGCCUCGGCCGAGCUCGAUGCCGGCUUGCGGACCAUCAGGGCGGUCGGCGCCACUGUGGAGCAGAUCGUCACCGUCUUCGACCGCCCGUCUUCCCGCGCGUCGGCACGGCACUCCCUGGUGGCACAAGCUCCGGACUUGAGAGGAUUCCGGAGAGAGGAGAUCCGGGCCCAGACGGUGGCGCUGAUCCACCAGCUGGCCGAAGCAUUCAAGGCGCUAUACUAUGCCGCCGGCAGCAUCCCCCGCGUGGACUGUGUGGCCCGGCCCGAUCAGGGGGCGCAGGAUGACGAGGCGCGGGACGAGGGCGAGGCGGAGGAGUGGGCGGCGAUGAACGAGGGGGCCCGAAAUGCGGCGCAAGCAUUGAGGGACUCGAUGUCCCGCUCGGACCGGGCCGUGCUUCAGAGCCGAUGGCACGGGAUGGCACGGAUGGCCGACCGGACACUCGCCCGCCUGGCCCAUCUGGCCGGCCCGGCGCGCGCCCAGACACACAUCCUCCCGCUCGUCCGCGCAGCCGUCCCGGUCGUCAAGCUCGCCAGGAUCUUCUUCAACAAGCUGGCCAGUCCAACCAGCUCCUUCCUCGCAUCCAUCGCCCCCAACCAGCUCUUCGGCUCCCUCCUCCCCUCCACCCUCCAGCUUUCUGACUCCGUCAAUCGGCUGGACUUCUCCAUCAAAUCACUGCCCCCUGCUCUGCCACGCCACCACCAAGCCUCGCCCCCAGAAUGGCUCCGUCUUACCUCCCAAGCCUUCCUUCAUCCUCUCCUGCUCUUGCUCCAUUUCUUCCAAACCCUAUCUCUCAGCUCAACCAACCCUUCCCUCAUCGCCUCCCUCCAUAGCUCCCAUUGCUGGUUUCAAACCUGCCAUAUCCAAGUCAAUCUUGCCUUCCAAAAGCUCCAUGAAAUCUACCCGACAACAUACAAUACUUUGUAA